AGCCUGAAGCCCCUCUCCAUUGCACGUGCUUGGUGGACGACCUCGACGCCUAUCAUACUCCGUGGUUUACCCGAUAACAGCUUUCUCGCAAAUUCAUCCUCAAUUGGCAGCUGGACCUACAACUUGUCAUCCGCAGUCUGCGACAUACAACUUCAGCUGAGGAUAUUUUUGGGCACAGAUACACUACGAUAUUUCCUUCUGAUUGCUCUGAGCCACCGUUACAAUGUCCUCAAGGACCAGCCGACUGGGUCUGCAGCUUGCUCAGUCACGGCCAAUGCUGGCUUCUUCCAAAAAUGUCUCGACGAAAUCGCAACGAGACAUUUCAUCAGCCGCACUGAUUCCACGAAGCAGUCACCGACUGGUACCAUCCAAGCACUCACCAGUAGUGGCACUCAAUCAACCUUCCACUCCUACCAGUACACCAUCAUCCUUCUUCACUCCUUCACUAUGUCGGACGCGCAAUGCAUCGACUUCCGCAAUUCCUACCCAAAACACCACGACCGCGCUCGACUGGAAUUCCUUCUUCCGCCUCCGUCAGUCUCGACGGAGAUACGCCCUGACAUCCUCCAUCCUGACAGCGGUGGUCUCAACUGGUGGAGCCAUUGCUGCUUUCUCCGAACUCCCAGACCUUGCGGAUAACAUCACAAAGCUCGUUCCCACCGAUCCUUUUAUUAGCAUGGGUCUCGCAACGUUCGGAGCGACGUUCUUUGGAUGGCUUAUCGGUCCGGCAUUCGGCAACACGCUGUGGAGAUUGCUCCAUCGUGCCCGUCUCCCAGAGUUCACCAUAAAAGAGCGAGCAUUUUUCGAAAGGAUAAAGAAACACCGGGUGAACCCCAGCGGAGCAAGUACCAACAAUCCGGUGCCGGACUUCUACGGCGAGAAGAUCGGAAGUGUAGCCGGCUAUAGGAAUUGGUUGAAAGACCAGAGGGCUUUUAACAGGAAGAGAGACGGCACCUACAGACCAAAGGUAUAAGGAUCCAGUCGUCUGGCAGCAAUGCGCACCAGAACUGCAACAACACGACGACUUGGUCAUCAUGCUGUACAAAGCUGUGGCAGAUUUGUCAGAAGAUUUCAC